AUGCUCGACGGUCUGACAGAGCACGAAUUCUGGGAUAUCUUCCACCGCGAACUAAGGUACCCGCUCCAAAUCGUCCCCCACGAGACCUGGCUCGAGACAAUGCGGAGAUCCAUCCAGAAAAAAGGAAACGCACACCCACUGUGGCCUGUGACACCCCUCUUCGACUCCAUGCACGGUAGCCUAGGCCAAGGGCCCAUGCUGGGUGCAUCGGAGAUGAUCUCACCUUCGCAGAAGAUGCACGUUAAGGCGACUAUUCGGCGUAACGUGCAAUUCCUUGUUGAUGCGGGCUAUGUUGCGAACCAGACGGGGCAGAAGAUGAAAUAUGUUGCUGAGAAGGCGUUCCAGCGCACGGAAAAUGUGUGGAAUGAUGUGAAGAGGUUGACUGUUAAUGGUGUGUCAUAA